GAAAAUAGUGGGCCAGCUUCCCAACAACCUUUUUCCCUCGCACUUGCACUAUACAAUAAUCUACCAUCCUACUCCACAUUGCGUCUCCACCGAUUCCUUGACUCAAUUCCCUCAGAAAUGGCGGACUCACUACCAGAGCAUCCUCCCAACACCCCAACCCCUAUGAGCGAUGAUAGGAUCUGGAUAGAUGGCUGUUUUGACUUUGCUCACCAUGGUCACGCUGGCGCAAUGCUGCAGGCGAAGCAGCUCGGAAAAUACCUUGUAGUCGGUGUCCACAGUGAUGAAGAAAUUCUUGAGAAUAAGGGCCCUACGGUAAUGAAUCUUAAAGAACGAAUGGCUGCUGUAACGGCAUGCAAAUGGACCGACCUCCCGGUCCCUGGCGCUCCAUACGUCACAUCACCGGAGUGGAUGGACCUCUACGGUACCCGCUAUGUGGUCCAUGGUGACGACGUCACGACCGACAGUUCAGGUGAAGAUUGCUACCGAAUUGUUAAAGCCGCCGGCCGCUUCAAAGUUGUUAAGAGAACCCCAGGCAUUUCUACAACCGACCUCGUUGGACGGAUGUUGCUGUGCACAAAGACCCAUCAUAUCCGAGAUCUCGGAAAGCUGCUUUUGGACCAGACAAGCGAGGAGGGUAGGGAACUUUUGGAAAGGACAAAGAUGUAUGCCUCCGAUUCAUUUGGUGUUGUCGGCAAGGGCUCCACAGUGUACAACUUUGUUACCGAACAGCCAGGAGGCAGGUGUGUCCCGGUAGUGUCAGGCGUCGGUCCGAAGCCCGCACAGAGGGUUGUGUACGUUGAUGGUGGCUUCGACCUUUUCUCCAGCGGGCAUAUCGAGUUUCUAAGGAGAGUCGUGGAGAGGGAGAAGGAAGAGGGACAUGAAGACAUUUAUGUAGUAGCAGGAGUGCACGAUGACCGAACAAUCAAUCAGUGGAAAGGAUUGAAUUAUCCUAUUAUGAAUAUGUUUGAACGAGGACUUUGUGUACUACAGUGUAGGUACAUUAACUCGGUCGUUCUUACGGCACCCUUCUCGCCAACUAAAGGGUUUUUGGAAACAUUGCCCACGGGAGUGCCAUCGGUAGUGUACCAUGGACCCACCACUUUCAUGCCCGGGGAUGAAGACCCAUACGAGGAAGCAAAGGAAAUGGGCAUAUUUCAAGAAAUCGGGAAUCAUGAGUUUGCUGGUGUUAACGCUGGUGAGAUUAUGGGAAGGAUAUUAAAGCAGCGUGAGCUGUACGAGGAGCGGCAGCGGCGGAAAGGUGUCAAGGCAGAGAACGAGGUACAAAUGAUCAAUUAGCUGCACUCAUGUACCGUGUUCAGGGGGUUGUUUUUUUUUUCUCUUGCGGUACGAGUCAUCAAGUAGGAUAAAAGUAUUGAUACCGGCCAUUCAUAGAGUCUAUUCUACAGUUUCUACUUGUAUUAUACGAAAAAAUACCCAAGUUACGACGCAA